AAAUGUUUUAUAGUUUCCAAGUAAGCUGCAAAAUGUUGAUCGUUCAUAAACCAAUCAGGUUUUGUUUUUAUAAUAUCUGCUUUUGCAAUACAUGAACCUCGUAUGUCAAGAAGACGUCAGACGGAGGAAGUCAAACCUCAAAGGCUGCCACGGAGUUCUGGAGCACGCACACACUUGGAACUGCUGCCAAGUCAAGAGCGAUGAAUCCUGUUCCACCAUAUGCACCUCUUGCCGAGGAUGUUCCUUUGCAGGAGCCUCCUGAUCACAUGUACCUCGGACCUCGUGCCAACACAGCUGCAGGGGGUCACAACACCAUUGUCCUCCAAGCUGAGCCCCCAAAGGACCACAUCAUCUGGUCCCUCUGCUGCUUUUUGUACUCCAACCCACUGUGCCUGGGACUGGCAGCUCUCAUCUUCUCCAUCAAGUCCAGAGACCGGAAGGUAGUCGGAGACCUCGAAGGCGCCCGUCACUACGGCAACACUGCUCGCUGUCUCAACAUUGCAGCAACCAUCAUAGUGUGCCUCACAGUUAUCAUUGCCAUUAUUGUCGUUGCUGUUAUUAUAAGUCAAAUAUCAAAUAGAUACACUUAUGGAACGUAUGGUUCAAAAAGUUAUGGGAAAUGAAUGUUGUCUUUAACUAUAUCUUGAAAUUUGCUCUGAAAUUAAAGAUUCCUGUUUCACUGAUUGUUGAUUCGACUGCUUCACUCCCAUUUUUUAAAAGAUUAAAUAAAGAAAUGUACUAUCAAA